GUUCGGGGGAUCCAAAAAGAGAUCCGCUGAACUCACCGCCAUCUACUUAGCAUAUAUACGGAACCUUACCCUUUCUCCUUGUUUUAGUUUCUGCAUUGGAUUCUUCUUCUUCUUCGCGUUUUUCUGCAUUUUAUCGUCGAUUCGAGAGGAACAAGCAAAACCCUAAUCAAGUUCGGUGCGAUUAAAACUUCAUCUCUGUUGUUGAAUUUCAUCUUCGCCGAAGAAUGGCAGCCAAACCUCUUACAACCGCGGCAAUUGCGCUUACAGAGAAGAAGAUGGCCAUGACACUAGAUGAUAUAAUCAAAAUGUCUAAAAAUAAGAAGACCGGGAAGCAAAGAAUGGUUCUGAACAAAAGCCAAAAGUUUUCAAACAAUUUUACUCAAGAUAAGUCUUCUAAGGUACGGCGUUAUAUGGAGUCAAGAUCAUCUCUUAGACAGGGGGCUCUUGCAAAAAGAAGGACUAAUUUCCUUGGAAACCAAUUUCCAGUUACAGCUGAGAUUGCAAGAAAAGCUGUUACUACUCCUCUGCGCUUUAGAGUUUCUAAUCGCAAUAGGGUGGCUAACUGGAAUAAAGCAAGAUUUCGAGUUCCUGCAAGUCAGAGAAGGGCUGCUAGUGGAGGUUUUGCUGCCAAGAAACCGCUGCCUUCCCCUCAGAAGCAGCAGGAGAACGUGAAUAAAAUGCCAAAGCAAAGGCCUCAGACGCUGGAUUCACUGUUUGCAAACAUGAAGGAGCAAAGAAUGAGAGUUUUGUCAAGGCAGCAUAAUACUGUGCAGCGCAAUGGAGGUGGGAAUCGGAGCAAUGGAGGUGGGAAUCGGAGGCUCUCAUGGGGAAGGGGUCGAUUUGGCUACUAAUAUACUCGUGGGAAUGGGAAUUUCAUGGUGUCACUGUCGCAGCUUAUGUCUUGGUCUCUGCUGUAUCCUGAUCCUAAGUUGAUGCAAGUCCAAAUUUGCUCGUAUGCAGAUGCUAAAGCUAGAUAGAUUUUUUCCCCGUAAUUGGAAUAUCGUUUCCUUUCAAUUUGAAUGCAGUUUAUUGUAUACUUGUUUCUUCCGUGGCUUAAUGUUUUGAUUGUGAUUCUUGUUUGUCGUCUAGUCCAUAUGUGGUUUACACGAAAAUCCCAGGGGUUAUAUUUCAUCUGAAUGCCCUAAUAGGUCGUAGCAGUUGAUCUGUACUGUGAUGGUUUUGCAUUGUUAUUAUUUAA